ACCUCCCAAUCCACCAACACCUUCACCCCCGACCUUUCCCACUUGUCUCAUUGAAGACUGCAAGGGAAACCAUCGUCUACCUGAGAUUCACCAACACCGUCAGACUCAUCAUUCAAAAUGAGAGGCGAGAUUUGCCACAUUCACAUCGGCCAGGCUGGUACUCAACUGGGUAACAGUGCUUGGGAGCUGUAUCUCCUUGAGCACGGUCUCAGUGCAGAUGGCCGUCUAGACCCCGAGAAGGGCGAGGAGAUAAACCAGGGCGGUUCUUUCGAGACCUUCUUCACCGAAACUGGCAGCGGCAAAUAUGUUCCCCGAUCCAUCUUUGUCGAUUUGGAUCCAUCGCCAAUUGAUGAAAUCCGCACCGGAGCCUACCGCCAACUCUUCCACCCGGAACAGCUAAUUAGCGGGAAGGAAGAUGCCGCUAACAACUAUGCCCGUGGUCACUACACGAUUGGAAAGGAACUUGUUGACACUGUUGUUGACCGAGUUCGCCGGCUUGUCGACAACUGCAGCUCACUCCAGGGAUUCUUGAUUUUCCACUCUUUUGGCGGUGGCACUGGUUCUGGUUUCGGGGCUCUUCUUCUUGAACGUCUUUCCACCGAAUAUGGCAAGAAGUCCAAGCUGGAAUUCUCCGUGUACCCCUCCCCCCGUGUGUCGACUGCGGUUGUCGAGCCCUAUAACGCCGUCCUAUCCACCCACAGUACCAUUGAGAACUCCGACUGCACUUUCUUGGUGGACAACGAAGCUGUUUACGAUAUUUGCCGCCGCAACCUGGAUAUUCCCCGCCCGGGCUACGAACAUCUUAACCGCCUGAUUGCCCAAGUUGUUAGCUCUAUCACUUCCAGUCUUCGGUUCGAUGGUGCCCUUAAUGUGGACCUGAAUGAAUUUCAGACCAACCUGGUGCCAUUCCCUCGCAUUCACUACCCGUUGAUCUCGUAUGCCCCAGUCAUCUCGAGCAACCGCAGUUCCCACGAAAGCUUCAGGGUCCAGGAUCUCACCCUCCAAUGUGCUGAGCCUAACAACCAGAUGGUCGUUUGCGAUCCCCGCAACGGUAAAUACAUGGCCGUUGCACUCCUGUACCGUGGUGACUGCGUGCCUCGCGACUGCACCCAGGCCAUUGCGUCUCUCAAGGCUAAGGCUUCAUUCAACCUGGUCGAAUGGUGUCCCACUGGGUUCAAGUUGGGCAUCAACUACCAGAAGCCUGCCCGCGUACCCGGAAGCGAACUCGCCCCUGUCGAUCGUUCCGUCAGCAUGCUCUCCAACACGACCGCCAUUUCUGAAGCCUGGGGUCGUCUUGACCACAAGUUCGAUCUCAUGUACUCCAAGCGUGCCUUCGUGCAUUGGUACGUGGGUGAGGGUAUGGAAGAAGGUGAAUUCUCUGAGGCCCGUGAGGACUUGGCAGCUUUGGAGAAGGAUUACGAGGAGGUCGCCGGCGACAACUUCGACGCAGAACUUGAAGAAGAAGUCGAGUACUAAGCGGCAGGCACUUCUCGCUUUACCUUUGCUGGUUCAAAUCUUGGUAUCCCUGAUGUCUCAUUGUCAAAGUUCAGUGUCCAUUUUCGUUAUUUUACUCGCGACAACCCCUUUCUUUCGUAUCCAGCGUUCGUUCAUUUACUUGUGCGUUUUUAAUUUCCCCCGAUAGCCAAAACGCUAGAUUAUCGACGGCCAACCGUGAAAUACAAAUGAAUAUAAUUACUCCCAG